AUGUCUCAAUUCACAGAGCAAGAGUUCUUCGGCGGAGCCAUUCGAGGCGUCGUGCCACAAGGCUGGAUUGAUUCGAGCACUCUCCGCGAGGUCCCCGACCACCAAGAGCUAUGGCUCUCACCAACCACUCUCUCCAACCUAAUCAUCGAAAUCAACCAGCGCGUCCCACAAGACGAAGCUCUCAGCACCUUUGCCACGCUCAACCAGCAACUCACCGCCGCCCCAGGCAGCGGUAGCGCUGCACCCGCAACGACAGAAACUGUCGACCAAGCCGCCGCCCUGCACCACCUACACGAUCUCUGCGACGAAGGCGACACCAUGCAGGUGAUCAAGUCGCCCACGCGCGUCGACGUCCAGCUUGCUUCUUCCUCGCCUACCCCUUCCGGUGUCCGGGCGUAUCGCGGCAUUGUGUCCUUCACGACGCCGGUGCGCGGCGGCGGUGGACGCAUCCCUGCGUCGGCUGAGGGGUCUGCUGCUGGUGUUGCGGAUGCCGGAAUGUUGGGCGCGCAGGUGGAUGAGGUUUCUAAUGGUUUGCCGCAGGUUUCGAGGUUGACGUGCCAUUUCUUGAUUGUUAGACUUGAGGCGCAGGAUACGGAUUUGUUGGUCUUCUUUAAUGUGCCUCAUGAGGAGUUUGAUAAGACUGGGGAUCCUAAUGGGUUGUCUGUUGAGGAGGUUCUUGCUGAAGAGACUAUUGGGGCUUUGACUGGGAGAUUGCAGAUUUGUGAUUGGGGUCUAUUUGUUUAG